CAGUGAAAAGUUGAGAACUAGAAAGAAGAAGCUAUGUUCCAGAAUGUUUGACACCUAUAAUAUGUUUAAAUAGUAACUAUUCCUAUCAGAUUUUAACAUGGAAUCAACCAGUAAAUCAAGGUAUAUCAAGUUGGCGCUAAAGCUUCUUGAAAGUUAUCGUGGAAGGGACAAUAUUAUUCGAAUUUCUAGCUAUGUUACGAUGCUACUCUCUUCAUUCGGAAAGCAAGGUGGUCCGAUGAACGUACACUUUGGUGUGAUCACACAACAGCUAAACUUAUGCCGAACUAUUCUCAGGCUCUUCGACGACCUUCCAAUGUUAGCAGCGACUGCAACAUAUGGAUUUGGGAAACAUGAAAAAGUGCUAGGUGUCGGUUUAUUGAAGGCAUUUGAAAACCUUGCUUAUCAAAUAUUCUUUCCCGUUGAACAUGUUGCCUGGCUAGCCCAUGCAAAAGUCCUGAAAGGGUACAAUGAAGGCAAGUGGAUGGCUGGCUGCAUUGCCCUUUGGGCAGUUGCCCUCACCCUGGCUAUCACAAGGAACAUUAUCAGUCUGAGGGCAAUGAGAAAGACAACACAGGAAGUGCAAAAACAAAUCACAAUAGAAGGAGGAUUUGAAGACUCCAGUUUGGAAGUGAAAUCUACCAGUCUAACAAAGUCAGUACAAGAACUAAAACUAAAUGAGUAUAACAUGAGAUUAGAUCUGCUCAAGAACAUCGCAGACCUCUGCAAUGCAGUCAACUGGUUACCACCCGGAUUCCUCUGGUCUGGAAAGAUUCCGACAUCAAUCACUGCUAUGUGCGGCAUUCUUUCAUCAUAUCUUGGCAUUUACCAAACUGCAACCAAAAUGGUUUCUGAUAAAAAGACUGUUUAGCAGUUUUUAAACAUAAAGCAAUUCAUAUGCAAUACUUCUUGGACCAUAGGUUGGGGAAAACCUGGAGUGAUAUUUAUUGCGAGAUGACAGAAAUAUUCCACAGCUAAAUCACAUGCAGAAGAUAGGAAGCAAUUAAAAGAACUUGUCUUCAUAGUCAGAGCCAAGACUUGCUAAGAGACUCUGACUGAUUGAUUGAUUGAUUAUUUGAUUGAUAAUUUGUCUACACCAUUGUCAUAUUUCUCUGAAUUUUCUUUCGUUCAUGUGUAAAAAUUGCUGCAAAAUAUAUUUUCAUCACUGUAUAAAGUGGUAACAUGAAGGGCCUGAAAAAAUAUUUCAAUUCAAAAAAUGCAGGAAAAUAUGAAUAUAAUUAAUAAGUGUUUUGAAAGAAAUGCAAAUUAAUAAUAAUAAUAAUAAUAAUAAUAGAUGGACUUUUAUAGCAUAAAUAAACGAGCUCUCUAUGCGUAAUAGACCUUAAGAAAACAACGAAAAAGGCUAAAUAAAAAGCAAGGAAAAGACAAAAAACACAAAAAAUUCAUUUUGUAUGUAUUGAGUCACUUUCUGUUGAUUGUAAUUCAAAUAUUGUGUAUCAGUAUAAAAUAUUUUUUUGAUUUAGAUAAUUUCCACAUUACCAUUUUAAUAAAUACAUUUUAAUACUUUUA